GAUUUAUAUAUUCCCUCGCAUUUGAAUCUCCAUUGACUCUUCACGCGACUUCCCAUCAGCUUCGUUUCCACCAUAACACCACUCAGCUUCGUCGCUCUCGCAGAAUCCGAUUCCCUCUCCCUCCCGCGCAUUUCGCCUCCCGCUCGCCGCCCGGCCGGAGCUCCCCUCGCCCCCCCCUCCCCCUCUCCGGUGAACAUGUCUUGCUUGACGGAGGCCGCUUGCCCCGCCGUCCGCCCAGUCACCAUCUCCUACUCCGAUAUCAAGGACAGGGGCGCUGAUCUGUCGCCGAAGAUAGAGCAAGGAUUUGGACCGAACGGCCUGGGGAUCAUAUCGAUUUCAGACGUUCCUGGAUACCCAUCAUUGCGUCAUAGUCUUCUGCAUCUUUCGCCAAGAUUGGCCAACCUUCCUGGGGAGACUAAGAAAGAACUUGAAGAUCACAGUAGCAGGUAUAAUUUUGGGUGGAGCCAUGGGAAGGAGAAGCUUGAAUCUGGGAAACCAGACAUGUUGAAAGGCUCCUUCUAUGCAAAUCCAAUUCUGGAUGUACCUACUACAGAGGAAUCUUUGAUUACGCGGUAUCCAUCAUAUUGCGGAUCAAAUAUUUGGCCUACCAGGGCACUACCAGAACUUGAACUAGCAUUCAAAGCUCUUGCAAAGCUGAUUCUUGACAUUGGUUUGAUGGUGGCUUAUCACUGCGACCAAUAUGUUGCAAAAGGGAUGAAAACGCAAAGUGAUGAAGGCUUGGAGCAGACACUUUCUCGAUCUCGCUGCCAUAAAGGUCGCUUGCUGUAUUAUUUCCCAGCGAAAGACAGUACAAGGAAACAAGAUAAUGAUCCUAUGUCAUCUUGGUGUGGAUGGCACACAGAUCAUGGUUCUCUAACAGGCCUUACCUGUGCAAUUUUUAUGAGAGAUGGAGUUGAAGUGCCUUGUCCCGACAGUGCUGCUGGCCUUUACAUUAGAACACGAACCGAGCAAAUUGUCAAAGUGGUUUAUGAAGAUGACGAGAUAGCUUAUCAAAUUGGAGAAACCACUGAAAUACUUUCUAGAGGUUAUCUUUGUGCAACUCCACAUUGUGUCCGGGCACCUAAGGGGGAAGCAGCUUUUGGAGUUGACAGAUCUACUUUUGCACUAUUUAUGCAGCCGGACUGGGAUGAAAAGCUCAAUUUUCCUGAAGAAGUGCACAUUCACAAAGAGUGGAUAAUAGCAUUUUGGCGGCCUUUUUUUGUUGGAGCUUUCCGGCCAGGUGGAUUGCAUAGCCAUGGGUUGUGUCUCACUUCAGAAUUUUCCUGUGUUUCAGCUUCUCUCGUCCAGGAGUGCUCUCACUUUUGGAGAAUACUCGGAGCUGCUUCUUGACAAGUAUUAUCACUCCAGGACGUAAGAUCGUUCUUUGACUACGCUUGGUGAAUAAUUACUAAUAAGUCUGAUCUGAAAUGCUUCGAUGAAAUACCGUGAAAGCACAUUUAGCUGCCAAUUUGGCUUAAUUCGAAUUCUGAAUGCUGUUCUAUAGGA